AUGCCCUUUCGAGCCGCCUACCGGCAAUAUGAUGCCUCUCAUGACUUUCAUAAGCAGCAAGGUUUCCACGGUGGCCAACCCCAGUUAGCCAUUGUUGAUUCCGACACAGGCGAUUACCACGGGUGGCAUGAGAUGGACUUCACCACACCCCUCAGCUCAUCCAUGACAACCUCAGCUCACACGCAGAAGUACUCGUCCAACAUGGACACGGAUCUGGAGUCCCCGGCGUAUCUACGGCCAUCCCAUCGCCAGAACUCGACCUCCUCUCAUCACCAAUCUCCCACCAUCUCAGGAGACCUGUACACCACCGGGCCCUUCUCCUACUCGCAGCUGUUGAACAUGGAGUCGGAAAUAUCACCCAUGGGUCAGUCCAGCCUCAGCAACUCACGCGGCGACGGUGACUCCAACAUGAUCAACGACGACAACAGUCUUUCGAACGGAACUCUAUCAGGCUCCGACUCUAUCAAUGCCUCUCCGCCGGUUUCCUCGCUGAAUCCCAAUGCUGUCUCACUCUCGUCCAAGUCGGAUGUCACAGAGAGGCUGUGUCCUCUGAUAGCAGGUCAAGUCGACAGCUGCCAACCACAACGGUGUGGCCCGGACGCUCCUUGCAUGAACUUCACGACAUUACCACCCAUCGAAGAAUGCACCUCUGUUCCCUGCAUCACUCAAUCCACAUCUCCCAAUGAGACCAUGAUCACCAGCGACAGCGUGUCUGUCUCAUUACAUCAACGACCUAGUUUGAGCUCGAGGACGAGUACUGCGACCACCGCCGCAUCGCUCCGUCGCUCUUCCACCUCAUCCGCCGAAAACCAGGUUCAGUCCGUACCACUACCUCCACGACGGUCGACAGCAGCAGCGGCCGCUGCACGCCGCCGAGCCCGAAACAGCACAACCACCUCAACUGCCACCACCACAAUAGCCUCUGAUGACGAUGACGAUGACGAUGAAGAAACGACGACCAAGUCUACAGCUCCUUCAAAGGCCGACGCGAAACAACGCGCCAAACAAGCCCAUUCGCUGGUCGAGAAGAAGUAUAGAGAGAACUUGAACGCCAAGAUCGCUCAACUCCACAUCACGCUUCAAUCGUCCCAUUACGGACCAAAGACAGGCGAGGAAGGCGAGAGCGAUACUCCUGUAAGCAUCGUCCAAGCCAGCAAGGUCCGCAAGAGCGACGUGUUGACCGAAGCCAUGAACUACGUCAACCAGACGGAAGUGGAGAUGCGACACAUGGAGAACGAAAUCAAUCGGUUGAGUGAAAGAGUCCGCGUUUUGGAGAAGUUGGUUCGCUGUGAAGACUGCAGUCUGUUGAAGCAGAUGGUCAAUAUGCAAGUUCAAGUUGUCUGA